CUUCUUCUUUAAGAAAGGAAGGGAGCUUUUAUCAUAAGAUAGACCAGAUCUCCGUCAUUCUACAUUUGCAGCCAUGUCAUCGCCCUUCUCAAUAAAUGGUGGUGCCUGCGUGGCUAUGGUGGGCAAGGACUGCGUUGCGAUAGCCUGUGAUUUGCGCCUAGGCAUGCAAGCCCUCACAGUGUCGAACAACUUCCCGAAGAUCUUCAGCUACGGCGACGUAUACCUUGGCCUCACCGGCCUUGCUACCGAUGUCUCCACAGUCUCCGACCUUUUCCGCUACAAAGUGAACAUGUACCGGCUGCGAGAGGAACGCAACAUUUCCCCGCAAACGAUGGCAAACCUCGUGAGCUCAUCGCUCUACGAGCGACGAUUCGGCCCCUACUUCGUAUCCCCCGUCAUUGCAGGAAUCAACCAGACAACAGGGAAGCCUUUCAUCUGCGGUUUCGACAGUAUUGGAUGCAUCGACUUUGCGAAGGACUUCAUUGUCAGUGGUACAGCGAGCGACCAGUUGUUCGGUACAUGUGAGGGUCUGUGGGAGCCAGAUCUAGGCCCGGAGGACCUCUUUGAGACAGUGUCUCAAGCGCUGCUCAACGCCGUGGACAGAGACGCAUUGUCUGGAUGGGGAGCACAUGUCUACAUCAUCGAGAAGGACAAGGUGACCAAGCGGUUAUUGAAGGGACGACAGGACUGAGGGGUUCAACAAUUAUACGGUGGCACUGAUCUCAAGACGAGCAGCCAGGGGACAUGGAUCUGUGCAGUCAGAAGGCUAGCUCUCAAUACAAAGGGCUACUUCGAGGGUCCCCGGCCAGCAUGUGCGCUCUGCAUCAUUUAGACUACAGCUGGACUUCACGAGACAGAGCGGCUUGAGUAAGCGUGGCCGUCUCAAGCCAGUAAUGACGAAAUCCAAAAGAUACAUGAAUAUCUAUAAACAUAACGGACAUCUUUCUUCUAUUAUGUGACUGAAUCUCUGAGGAGCUGGUUUCAUCCGGCUGAAGAUCUGAAAACCAUUUCCGAUUUGCGUAGGCCAGGUAUUUGUACCAUUUUACCAACUUGAUCGAUAGAUACCUCCCUUCCAAGUUCUCUGUAGAAUUACCAUUCAAGUAGCAUCACAACGAGUUAUCCGUUCCCGGUUGGAAAUUAAACCUUUCAU